CUUGAUAUUCUUUUGACCCAAUUUUUAUGGCUUGGUUUUGUACUUUUUGUUUCUGAGUGAUUGAUCCGUGAAUUUUUAAUGCACUGGUUGGAGUUGACACAACUUUCUUAUGCAUUUUUCCUACUCAUAUAAUUACUGAUGUAUAAUUUAUUAUUCCAGUGUUUAUACACUGAAAGUUUUCAUGUUGUAGUUCACGAUGUCUAAUAGUUGGAGAUGUACAGAUACAAUCAGUGGGAGAAAGCAUCUCCAUGGUUAGUUGGGACUAAUCCUAGGGAUGCAAUGAUGCCUAUAGAUGGUGAUGAUGGCUUUUUUCCAACCACUGGCAAUGAAUUGAAGCCAGAAGUGGUUAAUUCCAGUCGCAAAUAUCGUGUUCGCGUGCUGGUAUGUGCUCCAUCCAACUCCGCACUUGAUGAGAUUGUGUUGCGCCUUCUAAACACUGGUGUGUCUAAUCAUCUUGGUCAUGCUCAUGUGAGGAUGGAUUCAUCUGCAGACUUAAAGUAUGCACCACUUGUUAGAAUUGCAAAAGGUAUUCGUGAUGAAAAUGACCGUGCAUACAAUCCUAAAAUUGUGCGAAUCGGUCUUAAACCUCAUCAUUCUGUCCAGGCAGUUUCCAUGGAUUACCUUGUUGAACAAAAACUUGCAGGUAUGGACUUCCAAACUGGUGAUAAACAAAAACAAGGAGGUGCAGGAAGAGAUAAAGACAGUAUUCGUGCCUCAAUUUUGGAUGAAGCAGCAAUUGUCUUCUCCACCCUCAGCUUCAGCGGUUCAGUUCUUUUUAGUAAAUUAAAUCGCGGAUUUGACAUUGUUGUCAUAGAUGAAGCUGCUCAAGCUGUGGAACCAUCAACACUUGUUCCCUUGGCCAAUGGAUGUAAACAAGUAUUUCUGGUUGGUGAUCCAGUACAAUUGCCAGCCACCGUAAUUUCUCCUAUUGCUGAGAAAUUUGGAUAUGGAAUGAGCUUGUUUAAAAGAUUCCAGAGGUCUGGCUAUCCAGUACAGAUACUGAAGACUCAAUAUCGCAUGCAUCCCGAGAUAAGAAGCUUUCCUUCAAGGGAAUUUUAUGACGAGGCGCUGGAGGAUGGGCCUGAUAUCCUAGACCAGACCAAGCGUUUGUGGCAUGAAUACCGCUGCUUUGGACCUUUUUGCUUUUUUGAUAUACAUGAGGGAAGAGAGUCCCAGCCCUCUGGAAGUGGAUCUUGGGAAAAUGUUGAUGAGGUUGAGUUUGUCCUCCUCAUGUAUCAGAAAUUGGUGACUAGAUAUCCAGAUCUCAAGUCAAGUUCCCGACUUGCAAUUAUAUCCCCAUAUAGACAUCAAGUCAAGCUCUUCCGUGAUAGGUUUCGGAAUACUUUUGGCGUGGAGUCAGACAAAGUAGUGGAUAUCAACACUGUUGAUGGGUUCCAGGGACGAGAAAAAGAUGUUGCAAUCUUUUCAUGUGUUAGGGCGAACAAGGAUAGGAGCAUUGGGUUUGUGGCUGAUUUUCGACGAAUGAAUGUCGGUAUUACCAGAGCAAGGUCUUCUGUUCUGGUGGUGGGUUCUGCAUCAACAUUGAGAAAAGAUAAGCACUGGCGAAAUCUUGUUGAUAGUGCUGAGCAGAGAAAUGCCCUCUUCAAGGUGUCAAAACCCUACACUGAGUUUUUCAGUGAUGCGAAGCUUAAAUCCAUGGCAGUGGAUUCAAUGCCAGACCGUCGUCCUGAGGAAGCUUCCGAUGAUAUAGAAAUUACUGUGCCCACUGAUGGUAAUGUUGCAUUCCCAGAAGAAGCACCAGCGGAAGAUAAUGACUGGGGAGAUGGAGACGGUGAAGGGUUUGAUGGGGGCUUUGACGAGGACUGA